AUGCAAGCUCUUUUGUAUUUUACUGCGUGUUUAACUUUUGUUGAUUCGAAACGAUUUGUCUUGUUGGAUCCUGAUGAUCCGAAUCUAGAGAAAAGUGCUUCCAAUAUAACCGAUAAUGAUGUUCGAUCAAGAUCCAUUAAAAUGGCGAAGUUUCGGAAAUGGCUGAAGUAUGACGUCGAUUGCCAGUUUAUUUCAAGAUCGGAGCUGGCAGUGAAAAUAUCACAGGGAAGAUGUCCUCAUGAAUCUGCAACUGAAAUCAAACCAACAACUACAACAAAAAAACCGAAAAGUUUCUUUUUCAAAAGAAAACGAAAGCCUCUAAAGAAAAAGGAUAACAGUCUGUUUUCUAAUGAGAACAAGGAAUCAGUGGUGAGAGCUGUAGUUGGUAAUAACAAGAUGCAUGAAAUUGAUUGGACACCUUUGAGUUUUCCCGAUCUUGAGCUAGUCAGCGGUACAAUGGUGACUUUCAAAUGUGAUGAAAUGAAUCGAAAAAAGAAGAGAAAAAAGCAUGAAGAGAUUGAGUUUGUUGAAUGGUUUGUGAACGGAAAACGAAUAAAUCCAAGUUGGUUCGAUUGGAGAGUUUCCGUUUCAAUAGAUGGACAUCUAGGAAUCUGGCCAAUUGGAGAAGGUGAUGGUGGUCAUUUUGAGUGUCUGUCAAAUGGACAGCUCAUUGCAUCGGUUACGGUUACAGUAGUUCCGAUUUCAAAAGUUCUUGUAAAUGGACUAUUUAAUUAUUUGUUCGUUUGUGCUAUCUUCGCAGUUGCCACAAUUCCAAUUGGCUGUCUAUUGGGUAAUCGGAAUCAGGAGAAGAAAGAGAUUGAAGUUGACCGAAUGGAAGAGUUUUUGGCUGAAAAUGUGUUUAAAACUGAUCAAAUGGCAAAGGAAAAAGUAGCUGGAAUAAUUGAAAAACAAGGGGUUGUAGACGAGAGACAAUUGAUUGAGAGUAAGGCAAAGGGCAAUAGAUCGACAAUUAUGAUACUUCUACAAAAACCUAAUACAAUGAAAGAAAAGGAGAAGGAAGAUCAGAAAGUUUCCAAUAAUCCCGCACCAGCUGCAAGUGCAAGUACAGAAGGUGCCACAACGGUGACAGAGGGUACAACUGCUGCAGAGACUACUGUAGCAACAGAAACAACUGCCACAGGUACAGGAACUACAGAAGCAGCAGCAACUACAGUAACCGAAACCAACGAAGAAGCAGAUAAUGAAGAAGACGAGGAAGAAGACGAAGAUGAUGAUGAUGAUGGAAGUGUUGAUGGAACAACUGCCGGAUCUACUGAAUCGAAAGGUCCUGGUACUACAAGUAAAAGUACGGAUAAGGGAAAGAAGAAGAAAAAGACGAAGAAAGGUGGAAAAAAGAAGAAAAGUGGUGCUGGAAAAGGUAAAGGAAAGAAGAAAUCAAAAGUUUCGAAAGAAAAAAAAGGCGGCAAAAAAGUGCAAAAGAAGAAGCCGGCAUCGAAGCCAACGAAAAAGAAAAAGUGAUUUUGUUUGUAAUAAAUAUUUUUGUUUCAUU